UUGCCUCGCCAUAACGCACUCCGUUUUAGCACACCACGUCCCUGCUGCGGCCUCCCCUUGUCGAUGCCCUUUUUGGAUCUCUCUUCGCCCAACUCCCUCCUCCUGCUGCUGCCGCUGCCUGCCACCCUCGCUACCCGCCCCUACGUUUUCGCAUCUCCUCCUCUUUCCUCGUGGGUGCUUUCUAGAGUCUCAUCGUCGUCGAGUUGAUUCACCUGUCUCUAUGCUGGCUGUGUUCCGGAGUGGUGAGUUUCCUCUUCUCUCGCGCAUGCUAGCGCGCUGUGGUCAGUUCCUCUCUUGGGUGUGAGGUUUUGCUCUCUGUAUUGGUUGGAUUCAAGCGGGGUUUCGAGGUGGAGUGUGAGCAUGAAUACGAACUAGUGCUUGUAUACGCAGCCGAGGAGUAUGUGAUAAGCUGUCUUCAAUGAAGUGUUCAUUCUAUAGUUAUUUGUAGGAAGGAUCAGGAAGAUCUUUCAACUUCUUUCUCUGUGUCUCCUAGACACAAGGACUCGCAGAGUGCCAGACAUGAUGAAAGGUCUCUCAGUAAUGACUCCCACGACCCGCAAAAUGAUGCAAGUCUUGAAUUCCUGUAAGGCCACUCUUUUUUGUGUUCUUGUAACCAUCCUUGUUCUGCGAAGUACCGCGAUGGUAAGCGACCAUCAUAUUGGCGAUAUUGAAGGUACUACUGAAUGGGCGCACGUUGGGCAAAAUCGACAUGGACGCAAGCUCGCCCAGGCCGACGAGGUGAAUAUUUCUGAGAAACCAGAUCCAGUGACCGCCAGUAAGUUUGUCGAAGAGGAGAAAUGGGACCCUAGUACGCCUUACACUCUAGGUCCCAAAAUUUCGAACUGGGAUCAGCAGCGGGUGAUCUGGAAUAACCUCAACCCAGGAAAGAACAAGACCCGUAACGGCAAGCCGAAGAUCCUACUCGUGUCGGGUUCGCAGCCCGGCCCUUGUGCUAAUCCCAUGGGUGAUUUCUACCAUCUGAAGUUUGUAAAGAACAGACUCGACUACGCUCGCCUCCACGGACUCGAGUUUUUCUACAACAUGGCAACUUUUUCUAAAGAAAUGACUUCUUUCUGGGCUAAGCUUCCACUCUUAAGGAAGCUGAUGGUUAGUCACCCUGAAGUCGAGUGGAUAUGGUGGAUGGAUAGUGACGCCAUCUUCACGGACAUGGCUUUUGAGAUGCCUAUGGAGAAGUAUGAGGGCAAGAACUUGGUCGUGCAUGGGUUCCACAACCUCUUGUUUGAGCAGCAUCGUUGGAUAGGUUUGAAUACUGGUAUUUUUCUCAUCAGAAAUUGUCAAUGGUCUCUGGAUCUGCUCGAUGCAUGGGCUCCCUUUGGCCCGGAAGGAGAAACUAGGGUUAACGCAGGAAAAAUGUUGACUGCCAAGCUAGUUGAGCGUCCUACCUUUGAAGCUGAUGAUCAAUCCGCGCUGGUCUACCUUAUGCUCUUUGAUGACCCUAAAUGGAAGCUGAAGACGCACAUCGAGUGGGAGUUCUACCUUCAUGGGUACUGGAAAUACUUGGUUUACAGGUAUGAAGAGUUGAUGGCGAAGAGUCACCCCGGUUUUGGAGAUGAGCGGUGGCCUUUCGUGACUCACUUCGUAGGGUGCAAGCCCUGCCAGCUCUCUGUGACUCCCGAAGUGGAUGAAUGUUUCUUGCAGAUGGAGCGAGCUUUCAAUUUUGCAGACAACCAAGUGCUGGAAAAGUAUGGCUAUGCCCACAGGGCUCUGGCAUCAUUCAAGACGCAACGCAUUCGCAAGGACACCGCUGACCCACUAGGUUUACUAGAGGAGCGCAAACCUAAACCUGAAGAUGCAACUGCGUCUCUCAAUUUUCAGGAGAAGGAGUUUUUGCGGAACAAGGAACUAGCCGAGCAGGAAGCGAUAAACCAACGAACAUAAGGGAAUUUUUCUAAUUUCAUUGGAUCGAUUUUUUUUAGACUUAAAGAUGACGACAACAAUGCCUCCUACACAUUUAGGUGACUCUGAACAACCAAGGAGUCUCCUGCACAGAUUCCUACUAUAUCUUACUGCUCCUAACUACUUAACUUGAUGUACUUGUCUCUCAAAACGAGACCAAUCUAUUAGAUUAGGUCUUAUGGUUUUGUGUGAAGUGCAAGGAAGCGUAUGCAACCAUUUUUUCAGAGAUUGCGCUCAUGCACUGGGUCGUAGAAAGCCUAGAUAUCCUUGAUGAGCAUGAAAAUGCUUGGCCUCUAGUAUUGAGAACCGCCUAGAGCUUACACUCUGUACAGUACACUCAAGGAAUCGGUGUUGGUAUUCACGGAAUGUUUUCGAGAUUAAAUCUACUCUUCGGGCACUUAACCUACAAUGUGUGCAUUUUUCUGAACGCAA